UUUUAGUCUUGUCAGCGAAUCAAUUUUAUUUCUCGUCCAAUUGUUUCAUUCGCGACGAUCACAAUAUAAAAGGUUCUCGAGUGGCAAUGGAUCGGAUGAACUUUGACAGCGACGAGCUCUUCAGUAUCCGUCGGUACCCGGUGUGGUAUUCGUACAGAGGAAAGUAGGUGAGUUUAGACGGGCUGUGUUUCAGACGUGUUUAGUGGCUUCCCGAAACUGCUGUUGAACACGACGAAACGAGUCUGAUCUUUCGUAGUGAGAGGGACAAAUCGUCAAUCUCCCAUACAACACCAUCCAUCAUCACCUACUUUGCGAUGCCCAAUGUCAAUCAUUGCAAAUCGAUCAAUAUGCGAUGGAAGACGUUCACCAGCCAGCUGUUGCACCGUUAACUUUGAUAUCCAAGAAAUUUGAAUAUUCAUCGGGUAUCGACGAAUACACCUGCUCGUCAGUUCAAAUUUCUCAUCAUCGUCCUGACACCAUGGCCAGUACCUGCCUUCAUCAAUUCAUCUCGACACCCAUCAAAAAUUUUCUGCAACUGCAACGAAUCAAAGAGAUUAAAUGGAUGAAUUCAAGAGCAUGCACGAAUGAAGCAUAUAUUCCUACAACUAUAGAACACAUGGCAAAUGUGGCAACUCAUGGAGUAUGGGUUGUACCAUCAGUAAUAGGUGGUAUCGAGCUUAUACGCCGUUCAACAACAUGGGCGCAACUCGUUUCUGCUUGUGUAUAUGGCACUUCCUUAAUUCUUGUCUUCGCAGUAUCAACUUUCUUCCAUAGUGUGCAUUACUGCAAUCAUAACAGACAAUUGAAAGACGCAUUGCAUCGCUGUGAUCGCGCUAUGAUUUACAUCUUUAUAGCGGCCAGUUACUUCCCGUGGUUCAACGUGGAUCAUUUCUCAGAUGACGAGCUUCUAUUCGCGAUGCGAUAUAUUGUUUGGAUUAUGGCUAUAAUGGGCAUUAUUUAUCAACAGAUCUUCCACGAAAAAUAUAAGAUGCUUGAAACUAUUUUCUAUGUAAUUAUGGGUAUUGGACCUAGCGUUGCAAUUCUUAAUGUUUAUAAUUAUUACAAUAUCAGGGAAUUGAAACUGGGCGGAUUGAUAUACGUUAUUGGUAUAGUGUUUUUCAAAUCGGAUGGUCGAAUACCUUUCGCGCACGCAAUUUGGCAUCUCUUCGUAGCCGCAGCAGCCGGAUUUCACUACUAUGCGAUUCUGAGCCAUGUAUUUCCCGAGACAGACCCGAUGAAUGUUCUUGGACCAUCCAGCAAUAUACCAUCAAUGUCUAACGUACUGAAAUCACAUCUAGAGUUAUAAGGUGUUGUAUACUAUUUUCUACGACGUUUCUUCUAAAAUACUAAAGAUUCUAAAACAACAGUUCUAAGAGUGAACUCUUUAUAUUCUGAUAGAAGGAUAUUUUAUUUCUAUUUAUUCGAAGAGGAACUUUUGAUAAGAUCAAAUUAAUUUUUAACAGUGGCUACUAUUACAUCCUGAAUCGUGGCUUUUAUAAUCGCAAUAGAUAGCCAGGUUUUCCUAAUUAUUCCAAAUCGGUCAGUAAACAAAAGACCCGUGUGUAGUAUAUAUAAUCACGAUAAAUAUAUAAUCACGAACUUCGUUAAUUAAGUACCUGACAGCCACAUGAAACUAGACUCAUGUAUUAUGAAUGUUUGUAUUAGAAUUAAAAAAAAUUAGAUAUCGUACAUAUUAGCAAAGACACUAAUUAUUCACGCGUAUGAUUCGAUUAUAUUAUACUACUAAUUGCAUUACAAGUUCGGAUAUAUCAUUGAAUGAAUGAAUGAUGAAAACUUGUAUUUUUUGCGUGAUUUAUGUCCGUUUCUACCAACCGUGGUUAAUUUGACCGACUGGUUAUUCCAUCGGAAUGGAUCACUCGCAUUUAAUAAUUCUAGUUAACGACAAAUGUGACUGGUCAAUUCCGUUGGAGUAACCAACCGGUUAAGUUAACCAAAGUUGGUAGAAAUGAACAUUAGUACGUUAAUAUUGAGGUCAGCAUUCAUGUAUAAUGCCAAAUUAUUGUAAGACAGAUUUAUAGCCUGUACCAUUCAGUAUACAGGUAUUAUUUUUCGAACGGACGCUAUUUCGUUUUACACUCUGUAUAAGUUUUAUAAUAGUCUUUACAUUAGAAUUUAUGAAAUGUAAACGUUAAAUAAUAGCUUACUGGCAAAUGGAAACCAAAUUGACUGAAUACGUAAUCUUGGGUUUUACUGAAAGUGUCAAUCAUCUUUUUGUUUGCAAAUAUAUUGUGCCAAAAUUUAAUUCACAUUCGUAUCUACUUGACGUAGUUCUCUCCAAUGCAUUGAAAUACAGACACAAUAUAGAUACACGUAUAUAUGAUAUACAUUUAUGAUAUAAUUGCUAUGUGGAAAAAGAAAUGAGUGUAUUACUUCAGUAAAUUGCAAUAUACUUUAUAAUUAUUUUAA